AUGGCCUCUUCUCGACCAUCGCGACGCGUCGCCAGGCGGCCAAUUAUCGAAUCCGACGACGAAGAAGAUGAAAUCUCCUUGACAUCAAAUGCUCGCGAGGAAUCGCCAGACUUUGAGCCCGAACAGCCAGCCCCCAAAAAGACCAGGACCGCGCGCAGGUCAGUUCCAGCUGCGGCCGCUGCUGAUACAUCUACAACGUCCACAACGUCCACAAAAACGCCAAAAGCGCCAAAAGCGACAAAGACGUCUCGAGUUCGUGGGCGCCCUAAGAAGGCUCCAACCCCGUCAGAGACUGUCGGUAACAGCGACAUACUCGGCGAAGAUGAAAUUUCCCAAGCAAACGUCACUGUGACCCCGAAACCUCGCCGGACUAAGAGAGCCUCAACGGUUUCGAGUGUCGAUUCCAAUGACCAUCCUGAUGCGGCCGAUCGAAUGGACGGCAGUGUAACGACUCCAGGCGGCACUUCAUCACGGAAGCGGAGAAGUGUGGCAUCACGAAAACCAAGGGCCAGCAAAGCACCAGAAGCGCAGCUAGAGGCCCAGCCAGAAGCUCAAACAGAAGCCCAGGUAGAAGCCCGGCCAGAGACCCCCAAGCCAAAGGCUAGUAGGAGUCCAGAGGUUGCGUUGGAGGAUCAGAUGUCGCCAGAAGACCAGUCUACACCAAAAGCACGACCCGCUUCCAGAUCCAAAGUCUCUUCGACGCCGAAGCCUGCUGCAAGAUUACGAUCCGCAACACCACAAGAAGCUCGACCUCAAGAAAGCCAACCUGUGCAGCCGACUCCAGCGCCCAAGCCAUCACAGCCAUCAAUAGAGACUCCGCACGCACAGCGACUGGUUUGCAUGGAAAAGAGUGCUCGUGUUCAGCAUGUUGAGAAGGAGAAGAACAGUCUGGAAGAAAAGAAAGACAAGGCACUCGCAUUCAUUCGAGACGAGAAUGAGCUCGCUAUGAAGCAGUCUGCAUUGUAUCAACUCUAUCUCCAUGAAUGUACGGACAACAUCGCGGUCACAGAAGAGGCGAUCAACCAGAUGCAGUCUCAACUGGAUCUUGAACUUGAAAAACACCAAGGCAGCGAGCAGAUUAUCAAGGAACUCGAACGCAAAUACGCCCAAGUCGGUAAGGAGUUUGAAGCCCAAGACAAGCAAACUCAGGCAUUCGUCAAACAGUUGGCGAAGUUUGAGCAAGAGCGCGUCAAGUUUGAUGAGAAGAAGAAAUUCUUGGAAGAUAAACGAAAAAAGCUCCAAAAAUCGAUUAACAAGGCUGAAAGAUCUGCAACUGAGGCUGAUGAGACAAUCGAGCAAUGUGGAGAAGACAUUGUCACACGGACACAGGAAAUCGCGGCACUGGAGGCUACCGCGAAAGAAGAAGAAGCUGAACUCACCAAGAUCAGAGAGAAUCUGAAGGGAAAGACGCAAGUCUUUUCUGAUCAGAUCGCAGCUAAGCAAAAAUCUCUGGAGCCAUGGACAGAAAAGGUCAAUCAGAAGCAAUCUGCCAUUGCCGUUGCUGAAAGUGAGAUGAACAUUCUCCAGGAAAAGGCGAAUGCUGGUGCAGUCGCUCUGCAGGAGCUGGAGGCCAAAAUCGCAUUCAUUGAAGAGGGCAAAGUUUCCAAGCAGAAGGAGCUCAAGGCUUGCCAGUCUGAAAAAGCAAAGUUAACAAAAGAGGCCGAAAAGAUGAAGUCCGAGCUCUCAAUUCUCGCAGAGCAAGAGCCAAAGAUCCGAUCAAAGAUUUCCAACGCCCGCCAGAAAGCAGAUGAGGCUCGCUCAAGUUUGGCCAAUACUCAAACGAGGGGCAAUGUGCUAUCUGCCCUGAUGCGAAUGAAAGAAUCAGGCCGUAUUGAUGGAUUCCAAGGUCGUCUCGGAAACCUCGGCACCAUUGAUAAGAAAUACGACGUGGCUGUCUCUACUGCGUGCCCUCAGCUAGACAAUUUUGUCACCGAAACAGUAGAGGCAGGUCAACAGUGCAUUGAAUAUCUACGGAAGAAUAAUCUUGGUCGCGGCAACUUCAUCUGUCUGGACAAACUUCGACACCGGGACAUGUCACCGAUCAACACCCCAGAAAAUGCGCCGCGGCUGUUUGAUCUUGUCAAAGCAAAAGCCGACAAAUUCUUACCUGCGUUCUAUCACGCCAUGCAAGAUACUCUUGUUGCCAAUGACCUUGCGCAGGCUAAUCGUAUCGCUUACGGCUCCAAGAGGUGGCGAGUUGUGACGCUGGACGGUGAAUUAAUUGACAAAUCCGGUACCAUGUCAGGAGGUGGCAACACGGUGAAAAGAGGCCUCAUGUCCUCCAAGCUCGUUGCCGACACAACACAAGAACACGUCGCCAAACUCGAAGAGGAUCGCGAUGGGUGGGAAACCAAGUUUCAAGAGUUUCAGGAAUACCAGCGCGAAUGCGAGAACAGACUGAAGGAGCUGAACCGGGAAAUCCCCCAACUGGACACCAAAAUGCAGAAGAUCGGCUUGGAAAUGGAGAGCGCCACGCGAAACUUGGCUGAUACCCAGCGACGCAUCCAGGAAGUCAACAAGGAAUACCAGCCUUCCGCCGAAGACUCUAAGAGAAUCUCGACGCUGCAGAAAGAAGUAGCCAAGCUGACUGCAGAAGUGGAGAAACUCCGUGGAGAGACAUCCAGCGUCGAGGAGGAGAUUAAAGCUCUGCAGGACAAGAUCAUGCAAGUUGGUGGAGACGCGCUGCGAGCUCAGCGAGCCAAGGUUGACUCUAUCAAAGAGGAGAUUUCGACUCACAAUGACGAAAUCUCCAUCGCUGAAGUCAAGAAAGCCAAGGCCGAGAAACAAAAGGUCAAGCUCGAGAAAGAACACACCAAGGCCACCAAAGAGCGGGAUGCUGCAGUGCGCGAUCUUGAGCAACUUGAAGACGGCCUUAACAACCAAGGAGAGAAAGCGGAGGAGCUUAAAGCCCGUGUCGAGGAAGCCGAGCAAGGGCUUGCGGAGAUGAAGACGGGGCUGAAGCAGCUCAAGACAGAGUUGGACGCCAAGGUUGCAGAGCUGAAUGAAACCCGAGCUGUGGAGAUUGAGAUGCGGAAUAAGCUCGAAGAGAACCAGAAAGUUCUCGCUGAUAACCAGAAGCGACUCCGAUACUGGCAAGACAAGUUGUCCAAACUUACCCUCCAAAAUGUUGACGAUUUGGUCGGCAACUCGGCGCCUAAGCCCAUCAAGACCGAGGAACCGGAACAGACUGAGAUGCCGGAACCUUCAACAAAUGACGGCGAUGAUGAGGAUGUCGAGAUGACAGAUGCUGAGGCCGACGAUGCGGAGGUGGAUGAUGGAGAUGCCAUGUCAGUCACCUCUGACAAAACUGAGCAUGCCGAAAGCGCACCCGCUCGCCAACCCAACGAACUACCACGGUAUACGCCAGACGAGUUGGCUGGUAUGAGUAAGGAGACUCUUAAAGGGGAGAUUGCUGCGUUGGAAGAGAAGACUCAAAAUGUCAACGUGGAUCUCGGAGUUUUGGCUGAGUACCGUCGUCGCGUGGAAGAACAUAUGAACCGCGCGUCUGACCUGCAAACAGCGCUUGAACAGCGCGAUGCAGCAAAGAAGAGACUGGAUGACUUGCGCCGUUUGCGACUUGAAGGCUUCAUGGAGGGCUUCAGCGCGAUUUCACUGCGUCUCAAGGAGAUGUACCAAAUGAUCACCAUGGGAGGAAACGCAGAACUCGAGUUGGUUGACAGCUUAGACCCCUUCAGCGAAGGUAUUCUUUUCAGCGUGAUGCCGCCCAAGAAGAGCUGGAAGAAUAUCGGCAACCUUUCGGGUGGAGAGAAGACUUUGAGUAGUCUUGCGCUGGUGUUUGCUCUGCACCACUAUAAACCAACGCCGCUAUAUGUCAUGGACGAAAUUGAUGCUGCUCUGGACUUCCGAAACGUCUCGAUCGUCGCGAACUACAUCAAAGAGCGCACAAAGAAUGCACAAUUCAUCGUUAUUUCGCUACGGAACAAUAUGUUUGAGCUUGCAGCGCGCCUUGUCGGCGUGUACAAGGUCAACCAUAUGACGAAGAGUGUCACAAUCGAGAACAAGGACUUCAUCGACAGGCCUCAAAUGACACAGCAGCAGCAGCAGCGAGCGCUGGGAGGGGGUGGAAAUACAACCACAGUGGCAAUGAGGUAG